GGUGUUCAGUCACGUGAUUUUUGACAGUGAUUCAUCCACACCGCGACUCCACGUAUUUUCGUAUUGCGUGAUGGCACACGUCAAGCCACGCGUGAUUGCUCAGCGCAUGCACCUUCCUGCGUAAAAUGGCAGUGCUCAGUUCAACGCGUUCGCGUGCAGCUGUUCGACAGCUUCUUCACAGUCCAAGUCCUGUUUCCGUAGCCCAUUUCGUUUCAGAGUGGUGGUGUGGUUCAGUUUUACGUUGCAUGAUAUUCUCCUGUUUGAAGCAGUUAGCUGUGGUGUACGCCUUGUAAACUGUGGCCAUCGUCUUCUACGUCGUCGACUUCAUGAAGGUGUAUUGCCGUAAUGGAGGAUUUCCCUGGCGAGUACUGCCGAGAAGCUGGCCUUACGACGCAACUGCUGUUGGACGCUGCUACAAGUGAGUUCGAUGGAGGCCGUCGUCGCUCCAAAAGGCUGAGGGGUGACAAAAAUACACCCGUGUCCAAUGGCUUGGUACUUGAGCUUGCAGCGUUCAUGACCAGCAAGAAACUGCCGUGGUCAGCCCUCCAUACCUGGCUCUCAACGGUCGAGGAAACGUUGCUGUCCUGUACUGCGAACGCCCUCACUGCCAAGGUGAGACGGCUUCAGGCAGCCAGAACCAAGCUGCUCAAAGCAUCCGAUCACAAGUCUCUGUCCACACUCUGCAGUGAGGAAUUUGCAUACCCUCAAAAAAGUCAAAGCCAAACACGACCAGAGCAUUAUUCUGGCACUACAUCUGUGCAUGCGUGUAGUGGUGGUACUACUAGUAGUGAAGAUGGAAUGGGUGAUGUUGACCGAAAUACCAGUGGCAGUGAGAUAUGUUCUGAAGCACAGGGUGAAGGACAUGCAGUGGAUGCAAUGCAAACUGAAGACUCAGUUACCUUGCAGUUGCAGGAUAGGUUGCAUGCUUCACAAAGCAAAAUUCGGAAUCUUGGGAAGAAAUUACGCCGCCGAGAUGACCAGUUGAUCAAGUAUGAUGAACAGUUGGCCAGGCUUGGUGAAAGAGUGGAGGAGGAGGAGGAGAGCAAGGAAGAUUUGGAAGAGCAGUUGGGCAGUGCAUUAGAAACAGUCGAAACCCUCAGGCGUAAGCUCAACAAUGUGUACUGCAGAGUUUCAUACGAGAAAUCUAAGAGCUCCAGCACAAGUUCUGCCGUGAGUGACGUGACAGAAGAGCUUCUUGCUUGUGGGCAAAGGGAGAAGGAACUAAAGAGAACAGUGAGUGCAUUACAGGCUGAGUUAGAUGUGGAACGGUCCAUGCAGCAGUGCCAGCACAUUACAGCGAAGGUGGAUGGUGAAUACACACCAGAGGUGCGUCAGUGCUGCUAUGACCUCCUUGCAAAGAACGUGGGUGUGUGGAAUCUUGGGUCUGUGAUACGUUCAGUUUUGCGCUUAGCAAAUGUGGGAAUUUCGGAAGUUCCAUCUGCAGCUACUGCCUCCAAGAUGUUGGUAGAGUUACGGCAAAUUUCACAGUUGCAUGUAGCUAGUACCGCUUCUGAUGCUCAGUUCACAACCAGCCACAGUGAUGGCACGUCGAAGCAGGGUACCAGCUUUCAGAGCUUCCAGCUGGCAACCAAUGAAAAAGCAUACAGCCUGGGUAUGGUUGAAAUGAAAAAUGGUACAGCCAAGCAUGUGUUUGAAAUGUUCAAGCAAGUUCUGGGUGACAUUGACAGUGUAGCAUCUGCUUCAGGCCAGACCGAUGUAGCAAAGCACAUUGUAAAGAACAUGAAGAAUACAAUGAGUGACAGGUGCGUAGUUCAGAAGUCAUACAAUGUUCUAUUGGAGGAAUACCGCAAGGACAUCUUGCCUGAUGUUGUGGAUGGUUGGGAAGAACUCAGUGAAGAUGAGCAGGCUACCAUGGGAAGGGUCAACAAUUUUUAUUGUGGUAUGCACUAUAUUGUUGGCUUGGCCGAUAGCUGCACAGCUGCUCUGAAAUUGUGGGAGGUUGCACACUUUGGGAAAGAUGUCCGAGUUGGUGCUGAACUUCUCCAUGGCACGUGGCAAGGGAAUGGUGGCGUUGCACGGCUCAUCUAUUCAGCUUCGAAGGCAUUUGAAAGGCAUGGCGAUGAGGCUGCUGGUUGUGUGGCUGACUUUCACGCGUUUCUGUCAGAAACCAACACCAAAUUGCCCCUGGAGGAGUAUAGAGGAAACAGGUCAUAUGUGGUGUUCAGGAAUGGUGCUGGUGUGUAUUACCUCCAUGAAAAAAUGUUGCAUUUUCUCACGGAGGUAACUGUGAGGGAUAACCAGUUGUUACGUGCCGUGAAGGCUGAUUUGGGUGUGGCAGAGUUUGUGGCUGGUGCUAGAGCGCUUGGUCUGCUGUCGAAGCUGGUCAUUGGUCCGUUGUGGUGCCUGCUGGAAGACCCGAAGGUGUCAAUUCUCGAGGUCAGCAAGUACUACACUGAGCUGAACAGCAAUCUCCUGAAGUGGUCUACUGACGCAAGCAACCUGUUAGAUGGCAGUGCUCGGCCAUUCUCCGACGCCAAAGUGUCCGUCGUCUGUGAUGUCUACACCGCGCUUGUCGAGCCAUCGGAGGUUUCUGAUGCCCUCACUCUGGAGAUUCUAGCGUACCUGUGUUCUACCCUGGCAGCAUUCACAACACGACUACUGGCGGAUCAUCUACCGGGUGGGAAGUACCAUCAUGCGCCAACACUUGCCACUGAAACUGCUUCGGUACAGAAGACUAAUGCCAUUAGCGAGCGAGAUUUCGCCCAGCUGGAUCGCCUGAAACGUGAGAAACCGAAUGCGGCAACGGUGGCAUUGGAGGGUAUGAUCAUGUUUGCCAACAAUGAAACAACCGAUUGGCUCCGAUCUCUGCCACCAUCUGAACAUGCCCGGCUAGUGGAAGUUGCUCGGUCAACUGCCCCAGCUGCUCGCCAGCAGUUUAAGGACAGAAGGCUAGCCAUCCAGCAACAUCGUCUGGCGGAGCUGAAGCGCAAACAGAAGGAGAAGGAGGCUAAGCGCCAGGCUGACAUUGCUCGCCAGGAACAAUUGACGAAGGCCAUUGAGCCAUACACGCUGUGGACAGGCACGACCAACAUCGAGGAGGAACUGGCCAAGUUGACAUCAGUCACUCGCCAGAGGGAUGCCUUGCGGGCCCAGCUCCAGUUCCGGAAGUUUGUUAUUGGGCAGAAUUCGGCGAAAGAGCUGUUCUACCUGAGUAGUGGUGGCCGUGUCCUGCCGAUUCCAACACUCGUCAGUAACCUGAAGAAGCUGAUAGGUGAAAGCACCACACCUGGAGGCAGUGCCACUGAAGCGAGCUCGUCCACUGCCAACCAGUGACCUGCUGUUGAAGGAACCUGCCUACUCCGUCUGUUUAUACAUUUGUACAGUCAAUAACAAUUAUUUAUUCUUCUGUGUGUGUGUGUGUGUGUGUGUGUGUGCCUGCAGUUGGAUCCCGGGACGGAUACCCUGAUGCCGUCAAUCCUUUUUCUGCACCUUGUCCUCACCCACUUACUGAGGUGUGGUGAGCCCAUAAGUGGGAUCAUUUCAAGUCCACCCUAGUUUGGGGAUUUCAGGGGGUGUCGGCCGUUGGGUGGUUCAAUGGCCAAUUGAGUCAUCUUUCCAAGAUUCCUUUUGAGUCUCUCUCCCCUCUCCCGGGGAGACCCACGUGACCAGUUUUGGCAGUGAGCAAGUACAAGUACAAGUGUGUGUGUGUGUGUGUGUGUGUGUGUGUGUGUGUGUGUGUGUGUGUGUGUGUGUGUGUGUGUGUGUGUGUGUGUGUGUGUGUGUUGAUUAUGACGAUGAUCUUGGUGCGCCUACACAAUGCUCAUGUUGUGCGACUCCGCCUUUUAGUCAUGCGUGCGGUGAUUGUGAAUAUCAUUGGUCUAUUUAAUAUUGCUUUAGUUUUCUUUGCUUCCGCUGAGUGCCCUGUUCCCAGCAAGCCCAGGUCUUCACUUUGACACCCUACUUGUUCCACUGUGCUUUUUGCUGGUGUUGAAUUGGACCAUGUUGCUUUGCGUUUUCCUGUCAAUGUUGAUGGCCGGCGCAUACUCGCUCUCUCUCUCUCUUGUAGAAUUUUUGGUUGCACUGCCAUGCAUUGGUGAACUGAAGUGCUUUGUAGCCUGCAGCAUGUGUUGGCACUGUUGUCCCGUUGCUGUAUUACUAUUUGUCGAUCUGUGGUCUUUAG